GGCAGGGCAGGACAGGGAGCAGGCAUCCCACACACACUGGGACCAAGCUCUGCUUUCUGACUCCAGGCAGCUGGUCUCCACAGCAGGGAGGACCCUCACUGGCCGCUCUGACCCCAGCGUGUCCCUGAGCUGAGGACCCUAGGGGUCAUAGAGAGGGAGGAGUGUCUGCUUCACUCUCAGGGGAGCCCAAGGGAUGGCAGCAGGAUGGGUGGGCGGCCCUCAAGCCCUCUGGACAAGCGGCAGCAGAAGCAGCUGAGAGGCCAGGUGGACACCCUACUGAGGAACUUCCUGCCCUGCUACCGUGGGCAACUGGCAGCCUCGGUCCUGUGGCAGAUCUCCCAAGAGCUGGGCCCCCAGGAGCCAGCCGGAUGCCAGCUACUGCACAGCAAAGGUGUCUCAUGGGCUGCAAUCAAGAUGUUGGCCAGGGCUGAGAAGCUGCCCCGAGUCCGUGAGCACCGAGGGCCCCUGACCCUGCUAUGGGGCCACCCACCCCAGUGGCAGCCAAUCUUCUGUGUCCUGCGUGGGGACGGCCGUCUGGAGUGGUUCAGCCACAGGGAGGAAUACGAAAAUGGGGACCAUCCCCUGGAAUCCACACCCCUGACUGGGUACACAGUUUUGACUUCCCAGAGUGAAUAUCUGCGCCUCUUGGAUGCUCUGUGCCCAGACUCCUCGGGAGACCAUACACAGGAAGACCUGCUUUUGGAAACUCCUGUUCAGUUUCCCCUGUUCCUGCAGCACCCAUUCCGCCGGCACCUCUGUCUCUCUGCAGCCACGGGGAAGAUGCAGCGGGCCUGGAGCCUAGCCCUGCAGGGCGGCAUCCGGCUUCGAGGCACAGUUCUGCGGAGAAGUCAAGCCCCCGCCGCCCGUGCCUUCCUGGAUGCCAUACGGCUCUACCGGCAGCAGCGAGGCCAUUUUGGCGACGACGACGCGACCCUGGGCUCAGAUGCCGAGGUGCUGACUGCGGUACUGAUGCGGCAACUGCUGCCUGAGCUGCGAUCCCAGACUCUGCCCGGCCUGCGGGAGUCCGGCCGCGCCCGGGCCUGGGCCUGGACCAAGCUCCUGGACGCUGUCCACGCUGCAGUCCUGGCCGGGGCCUCCGCGGGGCUCCGCGCCUUCCAGCCCGAAAAGGACGAGCUUCUCGCGGCUCUGGAGAGAACGAUCCGACCUGACGUGGAUGAGAUGUUGCGGCUGCAAGCGCGGGUGGCUGGGAGGCUUCAGGCCGAGGUCCAGGGUCCCCUCGAAUCGUGCCUGCGCAGGAAGGUGGAUAUGCAGCUGCCCCGGGUCACGCAGACGCUGCUGAGCACCUUGGAAGCCGAACUCACGGUGGUGCAGACCCUUCUAACCCAGGGUAUGGACCGCCUCUCCCGCCACCUGCGUAGGAGCUCCUCGGGUGCCCGCCUGCGGAAGGAGGUUCACUCAUUUGGAGAGAUGCCAUGGGAUCCAGAGCUGAUGCAGACCUGCUACCACGAGGCUGAGCAGAGCUGGGGGCGCCUAGGGCAGCUUACAGCACCAUUUGGCUUCUUUGGAACACAGAGCCUGGUGUUUGGUGCCCAGGAUCUCGCACAGCAGAAAGUACUGCCUGACUUGGGGAAGAGGGGCUGUCUGCGCAGAGGUGGAGGAGGUCUGAACCAGAAUGGGUUGGUGGAGAGAAGCAGGCUCAUGGCUGAUGCCGUGGCCACCUUCCUGCAGCUGGCCGACCAGUAUCUGACCACGGCCCUAGACUGUGACCAGGCUGCCCAGCAGCUGGAGAAAGUUGGGGGGCGCGUGCUGAAGAAAUUCCGGUCGGAUAUUGGCUCGGCACGGAGGAAGUUCAUCCAUGGCUGGCUGCUCUGCAUCUUCUUGCCCUUCGUGUUGAGCCAGCUGGAGCCAAGCUGCAAAGCGGAGCUGCCUGAGUUUGAAGGGGAGGUCCUUGCCAUGGGCAGCCCUGCCCUGACCAUUGAAGGCAUCUAUGAGGAUGUCGUCCGGGGUGUCCUGCUGCAAAGGAUCAAUCAAGAACUGAAAAAGGCCCUCGGUGCCAGCAACGUGUCCUGCACUCUGGUUGACUGUUCAGAGGCUCCAUGGGACCAGGCAGGAGCAGUUUUCUGUAGGGACUCUUCCUGUGGAUACUGGUUCCCAAGACGGAUGGGGGAGAUGGUGGUGAUGGGAGCUCUGGGCUCACCUUGAACAAGGGCUCUGUAAGAUGGAUACAGGGAAUCAGGCUCAGGUCAGGGGCAGCCUAACUUCCUACUGUAAGACCCUACCAUGAGCUCCUUGUUGGAGUAGUAAAUGCAUGUAGGGCUGAGGCUGACACUACUGGUGGUACAGGCAUCCUGAACUCCAGCCCUAAGAUGGAAGUGUUUCAUGAGGACGUCACUGAAAUUGGGCAGAAAACAACUGGUCCAUUUAGACUGGACCAGAGGGGAGUUCCUGUCAUAGCCCAGUGGUUAACGAAUCCGACUAGGAACCAUGAGGUUGUGGAUUUGGUCCC